AUGCAGAGUAAAGUAGGAUACGCAAUCGUCGUGAAGCAAAAUGGACUUACAAUCGAUCUAAUCUCCAAUAGAUUAAACGAUGAAGCAAGUAUUUAUCUGGCGGAGCUGGAGGCUAUUAAACAAGCUGUUAUUUACAUCAAAAACAAAAAUUACAAAGAUGCGAAAAUUUAUACUGAUUCGCUGUCCUCGUUACAAAGUCUAAAUGACCCAAGAAAUCGAAAUAAGAUUAUUGAAGAGAUCAAAGUAAAUAUAACACCAAGUAUUAAACUUUACUGGGUCAAAGCACACAUUGGAAUUGAAGGUAACGAGGAGGCGGAUCAGCAAGCCAAAAUGGCCACGAGCUUCAGCCGGGUGGGAACGAUGCUCCCAGUGGAAAGAACAUUCAUUAUUAGAUACAUCAAGCAAGCCACAAUGAAUAAAUGGAAAAUAGAUUGGAGUGAAUCAACAAAGGGCAGGCAGACAUAUAAUUUCUUUAAAGAUUCCACACUAACUCGCCUGCAGUCAAACUUCUAUUUAAACCAACUCUUAACGGGCCACGGGGUUUUCGGAAUAUAUCAGCAGAAAUUCUUCAAUAAACGUGCAAAUUGUAAAUUUUCUGGCAAAGUACAGGACAUUGACCAUCUUAUAAAAUUUUGUCCCAAAUUCCAGACGAUCCGUGGCAGAAAAGGGGAUCAAUACACUCAACAUCAACUUGAUGCUGAUAUUGACUGCAGGGAGAAAAUCAUCGAAAUUCUUAAAUAUACCCUGGAUGAUCUGCUUGCCCCUGCGAGUACACCUGACUAA